CGAGGCCCAGCCUCAUUGUGGAUCUGCUCAUUGAACCAGUGACGCCAGGGAAGAAACUGCUCAUGUGUGGUACCUCCCAAUGCUAACCAGAACACUCCUCAGCCUGGAGUCAGAAGGGCCAAGUUAAACAUGAGAGCUCUCUGGACACUCCACAUUGCCUCACUGGACCGAGAGGCCACACCUAGACUGCUUUGGCUGGGAGGAGUGCUUGCCUGGCCAGCACUGCAAGUUCUGUGGAAAACGAUCUUAUAACACCUGAUGGGAUGAACUCUAUUCUUCCCAUUCUUACAUGUGAGUAAAUGAAGUUUCAGAGAAAUGAGACGACUUACCUAAAGUCUUUCAGUCAGCAAGUGGUGGAGAAAAAGAAAUGAAACGACAAAGGGGGAAAAAAAAGAAAAGUGAAUAGAUGGACCUGUGAGCAGACUGAAAAACGAUUGAAAUUACUUCGUUUUCCCCUAGAAGUCAAACUAUGAAGCGCUUUAUUGUCUGUAAACUAAGCAGGUGGAGAGAUUUGUGUUCCUGAAGCGCGAGGUUGUCCCCGUGGGUGGGGCUUAGUGUAAUGGCUCCGUUCUCCACUAGAUGGCGCUGCUCAGCUUACUGGUGUGAAUUGUUGUGGCGCCUGUAGGUGUGUACACGCAUGCGUGGGAGCAGUGAAAAUGGCGUCACCCAGCUACCCAGUCUCCAGUGUUGUAACUCUGUUCUGCCGGACCCCCAAUUGCACACUGGUCCUUUGUCUCAGCUUCCAUCCACUCCCCGCUUUUACACAGUCCUGACCAAGUCCCAGGCAGCACCUCUCUCCUGAGUUUUCUCUCAGAUGUGGCCGUGUUUCCCGACCCCUUACUUCUGAAGGGCUGCGGCUUUGACCCAUCCUGCCCCUCUGCGAAAGGGUCUCACCGAGCAGUGGCCGGGUGCCAGUGGCACCCAGGAACGUUGGCGGGACCGUGCUGCUGCCGAAGCCCAGAGACCCGGCCGGGUGCCAGCCUGCCCUAGAAAGAGUUCACGUGAUCGUGUAGCAGCAGUGCUUCAGGGAUUAUGGAAAAUCACAACACGCAUUUGGCACCAGGCUUCACCCCCAGCGACCUUAUUCCAGCACCAGCGAAUGUGGUUGUUCACCCGGGUCCACUGGGGCACACGGCCUCUACCAGAUGUCCUCCAGAGAGGGAAAUCGCCUCUCCCCUGUGGCCCGAAGACCCCCGGACUUCGCUCUGCUCCUGGGGAUUCACCCUUCUCACCAGAGCACCACCAGGGGCUCUGGCAUUCCCAGAGACCAGGAGGAAGAGCCACCAGUCAAAUAGCUAUGAGCUUCCAACUCGAACAUCUUCAGAGCAGCAACUGGAAAGGGGAAAACAUCCUGACAGUAUAUAUUCAGACACAUACGGUCAGCAUCAUGAAGCUCUGGAUGCCUCAACUCAUGACAUUCCUCUGUAUGGUGCUACUGUCUGUGCUGGGAGUGAUAAAAGAAAAACACAGCUGGGCUGAAAUGUUACUUGAGGAGUGCUGGGGACAGCCAAAUGUCCUUGAAUGCACCAAGAAGUGUUCUGGAACCUUUAAAUGUAUAAACAAAAAUUACACAUGCUGCUGGACCUAUUGUGGAAACAUCUGCUGGAAAAAUAAAGAAAUCUUUGAAAGACAUCUAAAACCGUAAUCUCCCAGCUGGACACCAGUCUGUUCUCACUGAGGGCUGGGCAGGAGCAAAUCCUUGACAAAUAAACUCAUUUAUCAACAGUG